CUCUGCUGCUCACGCGUCGUUCGCUGGUAUUUGCCUGCGGCAUCAACACCGACCAUCAGCUGGGAGUGCGAGAUGCGCCCGAGAAUCUGACACAGUUCAGGGAGGUUGUCGCAUUACGUGACAAUGGGGCCAUCGACCUGCUGCAUGUGAUCGCCUGCGACCAGCACUCCAUUGCCUACAGCACCAAGUGUGUAUACGUCUGGGGUGCCAAUCAGGGGCAAUUUGGCAUAAGUCGCACCACAGUCAUUAUUAUGGCGCCCACAUUGAUAAAACUACCUGCGCGAACUUCAAUCCGCUUUGUGGAAGCUAACAAUGCAGCCACGGUAAUUUACACAGAGGAGAAGAUGAUUACGUUAUUUUAUGGUGACAAGAUUAGAUACAUUAAGACUCCUAACUACGAAGAUCUCAAAAGCAUUGCGGUGAUAGGCGGUCAUUUAAAGAGCUCCACGAAAGGAUCUGCAGCAGCCCUAAAGCUAUUGAUGCUCACUGAGACGAAUGUGGUGUUCCUGUGGUACGAGAAUACACAGCAAUUUUACAGGUGUAAUUUUUCGCCAAUACGCCUGCCUGAGAUUAAAAAGAUACUGUACAAGUGCAAUCAAGUCCUAAUACUAUCUUUGGACGGCUGCGUCUAUCGCGGCAAGUGCAAUCAGAUAGCCGUGCCAGCCGUCAUGCUGGAAGAGAAAUCCAAGCCCAAUAUGGAUAUAUGGCACAACAACGAUCAGAAUCGCACGGAGAUUUCAAGAGAGCAUGUGAUCCGCAUCGAGCUGCAGCGUUUCCCAAUAUUGAUCGUGCUACCGAUAUCUUUUGCGACGAGAGCUUCUCCUCGUUCGCCGUGCUGCAAGAGUCUCUUAUGAAGUACUUCCGCAAGCCCCCACUGCC